GAUUCUUGAUCGAGUGCCAAGUCAGGUUGCUGGAGGACAAACGAUAAAAAACAUCGAUCCGGCAACGCCCGGGCUCUUGUGUCAAAAUUGUAAGUUAGGUUGGCAGCACAGCAGCUGAUUUUCCAGCGCCAAACAAAGUUUUAGGAGCAAAACACAAUGUCAAUCGCCGACACCAUCGAAUACGUGACCCUUGGCAAUCCUGUCAGCAAAAUGGUCGCCGCUUCAGCAUCCGGAUUGCUCCGCACCCUUGGACUGCGCCCGAAGAAGGUAACAGUGCAGGACACGAACAUGGCAAUGCAUCCUGCCGCGCACAGCUACGUGCAUCCGCACGGAUCUCUUUACGGCUUGGCCGGUAGCCACUACCACUUUGUGCGGCUGGCCGGAAUCGGCGGGGCGUCGGCCAUCUUUAUGGGCGCCUACUGCAAGUACGUCCUCAAGGACGUCAGCGAUCCCAAGGAGCAGGUGGACUCGCAGGCCUUCGCCGACGUGGCCAACCGCAUCCACUUUCUGCACUCCUUUGCCAUGAUGGCCAUGCCACUUGCCCACUACCCCGUUCUCACUGGGACAUUGAUGAUUACGGGCACGAUGCUCUUUAGCGGAUGCAUGUACUACCGUGCUUUGACUGGCGAAAAGCGGCUUCAGCCGUACGCGACCGUUGGAGGAUUCUGCCUGAUGGCCGCGUGGCUGACGCUGGUCCUGUAGGCUGAUGUGCGGAAAGGAGGCUACUUAUUUAUAUCUUAUAUAGCGCACACUGAACAGUUAUGUAGUCGGAGAGGCAGCUAAAGCUAUGCCAAGUUUAACAUAUAACAUCAGCUAAAAAUGAA